CCCGAGCGCUGCCCCUCCCCCACCCCCCCCGUCCGCAUUCGGAGCCGCUGCGGAGCCAUGGAGGUCGCGGCCGUGGCGCUGCUGGUGGCCCUGGGGACGCUGAGCCAGGGGCAGCCGAUCCGGCCCCAGGCGUACCCCCCCGGGCUGUGCCCGCCCCUCCCCCCCCGGGACUGCCAGGACGUGCACGCGGGGGGGGCGCGCGAGGACGGCGUGUACCUGGUGUCCCCCGGGGGGGGAGGGGCCGGGGCGCCCCCCGUGCCCGUCUACUGCGACAUGAGCACCGAGGGACACGUGUGGACGGUGUUCCAGCGCCGCUUCAACGGCUCCGUCAGCUUCUUCCGCGGCUGGAACGACUACAGGGCCGGCUUCGGCCGCGCCGACGGCGAGUACUGGCUGGGCCUGCAGAGCCUGGCGCUGCUGACCCUGCAGGCGCGCUACGAGCUGCGCGUGGAGCUCGAGGACUUUGAGAACAACUCGGCCUCGGCCACCUACGGCUCCUUCGCGCUCUCGCCCGCGGCCGUCAGCGCCGACGAGGACGGCUACACCCUGCACGUGGCCGGCGUCGUCGACGGCGGCGCCGGCGACUCGCUGAGCUACCACAACGGGAUGAAGUUCUCCACCUUCGACCGCGACCAGGACCUGUUCGCGCAGAACUGCGCCGCGCUCUCCUCGGGGGCCUGGUGGUUCCGCUCCUGCCACUUCUCCAACCUCAACGGCUUCUACCUGGCCGGGCCCCACCUCUCCUACGCCAACGGCAUCAACUGGGCCCAGUGGAAGGGCUUCUACUACUCCCUCAAGCGCAGCGAGAUGAAGAUCCGCCGCCUCUGAGGGGGCCGCGCCCAACCAGGCCACGCCCACCACGCGCCACGCCCCUUCCAGACACGCCCCGUGUUGACCCCGCCCUCAAUAAAGGCCCAGCGUUCAUUGA